AAUCAAACCCCCUAACUCACACAAAACUAGACCAUGCCGAACCUAAAAAAACACGUAGGUUUUUUCUAGCUUAUACUUUUCACUUUCUAUUUUGCAGCAAUAUGGGUUCUCUGUCAUACUUUCAGACAUGUGCCCACAAGUGUCUGGAAUAACAACCAGAGAUUCAGUUCUAUCUGCCGAACUGGGACACCGGGCGCUUGAUUUGGCUGUUGGAAGAAAUAUCCUUCCUUCCCCAAGUUACAAUGCUCAAGUGGAUGAUGACGUCUCAGAGAAUAAUGGCGCAUUACAACCCGGGGGUCAUCUUGUCAUUAAGCUCUUGGAGAGUGAAGACACCAAAGAAAUUGGUCAGAUAUGCAAACCUUUGUUUAGAAAGACAUCAUGGCUGAGACCAAAAGCAACAAGGCCAAGUUCAAGAGAGAUUUAUUUGAUUUGUCAAGGUUUGCGCACCAGCUGAAGCUCCUAAACUCUCUCCCUCAAGUGUGACUGAAUCCCAAAAGCUCUUUCCAUUUAAUCAAGCGGCGAAUCUAGUUACUAGAACUGCAAAAGAUGAAAUGCAAAAGCUCUUUCCAUUUAAUCAAGCGGCGAAUCUAGUUACUAGAACUGCAAAAGAUGAAAUGCAACCGUUACUAAGGACUUUUUGAGCUAGUUUUUAAAUAUAUAUAUAUAUUGAAUUGGAAGUAACUUGAGUCAAGCAUUGUAACCUGCAACAAGAAAGUAGACGAAGGGAGUAUUUUUUUUAUUCUUUGAAAUAAAGACUAUGAACAUUA